AUGCGCGGCGCCCUCUUCCAGGCACUGGGCGUGGACGGCUCGGAGCACCCGCGCAUCAUCGGCGCGCUCCAGGCCGCCGACUUCGAUGCCAUCGUGAGGGCGGUGCAAGUUCAGGACCCUGCGGGCGGUGGCAGCGCUGGCGGACCUCCCCCAAUGCUCGAUCCCACUCCGGCACAGUUGUCCCAGGCUGGGCUAUUGGGGAGGGCAUGCAGAGUAUCAGUGGGCACACAGCCGUCAGCGGCAGCAGCAGCAGCAGCGCAGGCGGCAGCCCAGACGGCAGUGAAGAUGGCGGGCACGAUCAAUCAGACCGACGACACCGAGGUCGACAUCUUAGACGAGCACGCCAUCAAGAUCGCUUACAAGAACUACCACAACAGGAUCGGGGCCUUCCCACCUGCGGAGGAGGAGCUGAGCAAGGAGCAGCUGUCCACGCUAUGGGAGGCGUUCCGAUCUGGAGGCGCACCAUAUACGGAUAUGGCAGUUUGGGGACCACAUCAUCAUCGGAUCCAAAAGAAGAUAAGGCUUCGCGGCGUGAAGAUCGCUCCCACGGGCGAGGUCACGUCGAUCGAGCUCACCGGGCCCGCCGACUUCGAGGACUGGCGAGCAUGCUACGCGGUAUUCAAAGUUGGCUGCAUCAUGUUCGAGCAGAUUACCCCUGCACGGUUGGAUGCUUACGAGAAACAUCUGCGAGGCUUUCACGAACGAUACGGCAGACAAUGCUGGGCCUUGAUAUACCAGGCAGACGUCAGAGCCAGACUCGAGUUGUCGGAGAGACUACGCCGGGUUGGAAAGGAUGAGAAAGAGAGAGCCGACGCGACCAGCACGUUCCACGAUUUCGACCCCACCAAGCCGCGGGAGUGGGUAUGGUCAAAGUUGACGAGCGACGUACAGUUCUGGCUACGAGAAGUACAGGAGCCAGCAGUCCUCGUCCUGGCUCGCACGGCGUCGCUACACCAGAUGAUCGACCACGACGCGCCGAUCAUGCAGACGGGCGAGUGCACGGACCACGACGCCAGGAACAAUUGUCGCAGAAUCCCUCGCCUCAAGCACCAGUGCGGCAAGUGCCUCUCCAUCGACCACGGCGCCAACAGCUGCGCGCUCAAGACGGAUUUGGGUGAGUGUGAAUCGGAUCUUGGAUUGAAGCGGCACUUCAGUUCCAGCGAGGGCACUGGCAAUCAAGUUAAGCUGAAGGUGGAUACCGAGACCACACCUGAUAUCAUCAUCAUUGAUUCUGAGACCCUGACCCCUGAUUACGAUGACGCGAACAGCUACGCCACGGACCUCUGCAGGCCACAGCCGAAGGACCUCGCGACGGGCAUCAAGGUCAUGUACAUGUUCGGCGGACCGACCGAACGAGAGGAGAACUGGCGAAGACUUAAGGCACACAGGAGCGAGUUUUACGGCAUCCUGACGGCCCCCCCGUGCAACACCUUCACGAGAGCACGAAGGAAACGGAGAGACGGCAGAGGCGGACCGCCGCCGCUCAGGGGACCAGAGGAACACGAUCGCUACGGCCUCAAGCACCUGAAGCCGGAGGAUCAGGACAAAGACAAGAAGGACACGCCGCUCGCGCUGAGGUUAGGCGACAUGCUCGCCAGCAACCUCAAGGACGGCGCGCCCACCAUCAACGAGCAGCCUCACUUCGACCAGCACGAUGCCGAGGAGAGCAUGUACAACCUGGACGAGUUCCAAAUGGUCAGGAAGGCUGAGGGGAUCGGCCUGCACGACCUCGACCAGUACGAGUGCUGCGCGGUGACGGAGAAGCGCAGCUCCAUCCUCACGAUCGGAAAUGACCUGAAGGACUCCUUCGGCAAGUGCAGACAGGAGCCCCAGUGGUGGAGGCGCCCCUCCACAGGCGAGUGGCACGCUGGACCACAUCCACCCCUCGCCAGCAAGGAGCGGAUGAUCCCCGCAGGCGACUGGCGCAGAAGUAUGAUCCUGAACGACAUGCAGCACUACGCCAAGCUUAUCGAAGCUCCCUUCCACACGAGCUCGGCACCGGCAUACCCAGCAGGCCGUAACUGGCACUCCAUUAUCAAGUUGGCCUUGCUAGCCAAGCAGAACAUGAGCGACAAACCCAAGACAGCCACGCUUGUCAGGGUAGGGUACUGGCGGUACGCGCUGGUCAACCAGCCUUUCCCAGUCGGCACGCACUGCUCUGCCACCCAAGCAGGCAUUGAGGAGCGCCAGAGGGUACCGGCCAGCACUGCUGGUACGCACUGCUCAGCGCCACCUCGCCAGCAAUCGGGGGCUAGAAUGUACAGGCCUCUGGGACAUAACGACGGCUCGAUCAGGGACGAGGCACAGUCGGGAGAUCGCAUCACGUUCUGCCACUCACGCAGAGGCAAUCGUGCGGGUGAGGUCAAGUACAGAGAACGGGAGAACGAGCUAUACAUAGGGGGCAUGAGACUCCCCAUGCAGAGCACUGGCAAGAUGCAGGACUACGGGGCAUUCAAUGAGCAGCUUCGACACAUCAUCGAGCAGCACCUGGACGCCAACUCGCACAUCCAGCGGGUACGCCCUGACGCCAUCGGUCUCGAGGCAAACGCCGCGGGACCAGAGGCAGACGAGCGGGACGACACGGCCAUCACCUUGGGCAGCCUACUGGAAACAGAGAACAUCAAGGGCGUGGUCAACGACACGUACGACACGCCCAUACGAUCAGGCACGCGUGCGGCCUGGGUCAGGCGAGCGAAGGACAGCGACGGCAAGUACCUCGAGGACUGGCUCAAGCACGGCGCCUCCGCAGGUCUCGAGGUGGACACGGAGCACUCGGGCAUCCUUCCGAAGGUAGACGACGCCGUCGGGGAGCACGCGCAGGACACGCCUGACGAGCACGACGACGAGCCUGUGCUUCACAACUACUCGUGGGUAGGUACGCCACACGGUGCAGUCACGAGGAUCUCGAACGUGGCGCCGAUCAAGGACGUGCAGCCAUUGGUAGGCAAGGCCAACCACGGCAUGAUCGAGGCGUGGAGACCCUUCUUGCAAGAUAUGCGGAGCACGAUCGCGGCCCACAAGCGAGGCGAGAUGCGCUACGCCCCGCAGCAGUGCAUCUGGACGAAGCAGAUCGCACAGGCGACGGAGCGGAUCCACGCUCUUCAGGCAGGAUCCCUCGGCGUGCUCUCUCGAGUUCAUCGGUUUCGAGCGUACUUCGGCUACAGCAAGCGGGAGUUCGGCGACUGCGCCUACGAGCCCAAGGCAUACGUCCACCUCUUGGGCAUCGCCAGCGACGUGGCCGACGAGGACCGCGGGCCGCCGAUCUGCCUCGCGGGCUACGCGCCCAGGCAGUGCCUGGCCGCCUCGUCCAGCAGCGGGCUACACCCGCCCGCGGGCGGGGACAUCAGGCAUAAGCCGCGACGGCAGUUCGCCGAGCGCACGGACGCCCCGCAGAUCGAGGUCACGAGAGGCGGACCGAAGCAGACGGCGCUGGCAGCAGCGAGAUCGGAGGACUCCAGGCACGUGGCAUUGGCGAGAUUGCAGGAGAACUCUGUGGCGGCCUCAGCCAAAAGAACCAAGGACUCGCUACUCAAGACGUGGCAGGCACUUCACUUUUGCUGGUUCAGCCUGCAUGCGCCGAUGCUACCCCUCACAGCUGUGAAGCUUCAGGCGGUCGGCGCACUCGUCAAGGCGGACAAGUACGAGUCGGUCGCGUAUUACCUCACGAAGAUCAGGGAGCUGCACCUGGUGCAGGGGGGCGAGUGGUUUGACCAGCCUAGAUUGGAAGCGAGUCGAGUCACCAGAUCCGUACUCAGAGGCCCUGGACCAGGCAAACAAGAGGAGCCGAUUAACCUCACUGCAAUCAUCCAGUUCGCCAAGGGCGGCAAGAACAGCGACUUACCCGUCACGCCAUCGGGACCAGUUAGCGUCGGGAACAUCACGGCGGCAAGCGUAUUCUUCAUGCUACGGGUGAUCGAGAGCCCGCUCACACUAUACGACAACGUGAUCAUCGACUCAGAUCGCCAGGAGGUCAAGUGGAUUCGCCCAGGCUCGAAGGCGGACCCUGCUACUCUAAGUACAUCACGGACGCGGGGCCGCUUGUGUGAGACAGUAUUCAGCCUCGCGCGCCCGUUCCACGCCGCCAAGAGGCAGAUGGAACGGACACACCGCAGCUUCACCGACCUGCAGGGAGUCAUCCCCCCAGGAUUGCCGUUCUUCCCGACUAUGUCGGGCAAGACCGUCCAGAAGGAGGAGGGCGUGGCCACAUACGAGACCAUGCGUACCAUGGCCGGCCUCCCCACCCAGGACGCGGACGGCAACAGGCUCCUGGGCGGUCACUCUGCGAGGUUGGGCGGAGCCAGGACACUGGCGCCGGUGGGCUGGCACAUCUACCUGUUUGAGUUGAUGGCGAGACGGCAGUCACCGAUGCUGAUACACUACGCCAAGGAGGCGCCACUUCACAAGAUCACGCAGGAGUUUGUCGAGAAGAAGCGCCUCCUACUUGUCAUUGAGACGCUGCAGGCACUACGAGUACGGCUGGGUAAACUGGCCACAAGAGUAAAGCAGGGAACAGGUGCAGCUUCACGAGAGGCCAUCAGCCAGCUCAAUGUGAAGAUCGACGAGGCCUACUCCAGGACGGCGGCGGCGCUCCAGAUGGGGAUCAGCGACCUCAGAUGCGGGCGGCAUGCGCCCACGAAGGUUGCCACCACCAAGAACAACGCGACGGGAUCUCGGCACACCAUCGCGAUCGAGGGAAUACAUAUUGAGCCGGGCCUGUGGCAUACCAGAUACGGCUGGAUGUACGGCAGAUCGAGCUACUCGAGUCGGAGUGGCGAAUUGCCAGAGGAUGUCGACAUGAAGCGCGUGGGCGAGAAGGGCUUCGGGGCUCCGCCGACAACUAGUUCGAGGAUCCCCCCUCUCGCCUCAUCCUUCAGUUUCAGUUUCUGUUAG